AUAAGUGGGGCCUGUUGGGAACAGUACUUCUAAAAUGACAAAUAUGUCUGGAAGGCUGUGGCCCAAGGCCAUUUUUGCUGGCUAUCAGUGGGGUCUAUGGAACCAGAGGGAUCACACAGCUCUCCUGAAAGUUGAAGGUAUAUAUGCUCAAGAUGAAACUGAAUUCUAUGUAGGCAAGAGAGGUACUUACGUGUACAAAGCAAAGAACAACACAGUAACUCCUGAUGGAAAACCUAACAAAACCAGAGUAAUCUGGGGAAAGAUAACGGGUGUUCAUGGAAACAGUGGCAUGGUUCAUGCCAAAUUCCAAAGCAAUCUUCUUGCUAAGGCCAUUGGACACAAAAUCCGUGUGAUGCUGUACCUUUCAAGGAUUCAAACUUAUUGAAAAGUAAAUAAAUAAAAGUGUAGGAUUUGUUCUCUUGUUAAAAAAAAAUCAAACCACUUGGGUUGUAGUAAAAGCAGUAAUUUGAGGCAUGUUUCUAGCUCUAAAUGCAUAUAUCAAAAAGUAAAAAAUAUUGAAUAUGAAUGGUAUAAGCCUCCACUGUAAGAAACUAAAAGAAAGAACAUCAAUUUAAACCCAAAGAAGGUAUUUAAAAGGAAGUAAUAA